CACAUGCAAUAUAGUGCUCAUAAUAUAGCAUAUAUUCAUCAUAAUGGUGAUAACGACAGUGACGACCAGCAUGUCAGCGACCAGUCUAAAGUGUUACCGAGCAUGUAAAGAACUGUCUCACCUGAACAGAGAGGGAGCGCCUUGGAACACACAGCUCUAAAUGGAUUAUCUCCAUCAAAUCCUUCCCGGAUUCCUCUCAGGGAGCCUCAUAGGAAGAGAAUGUGGACAGAGAGCAAGAGCCAGAGGGAACAGAGGACCCUUGGAGAAAAAGGCCUUCUAAUCAACUUAGCCAAGAUCAUCUGAUCUCACAGACACUGAAGCAGCAAGCGCAAAGCCUACAGAGAUCUGCAACAGGUCAUUUGUGUAUAUAGUAUAGCGUUCAGUUCAGUGUUUUUAUGGGACUCCUGAGUAUGUGAAUGAUGGUGGUCCCUGAUUCUUGUGCCUCCUAUUAGGACUUUUUUCCUUCUGUUGAUUUGUCUUGUCCAGUCUCAAUGUGUUGGUUUUUGUUCUAUCUUGUUAUAUUUUAUUUUAUUUUAUUUUUUUAAAUCUCUUAGAAGCCAGUUCUUUUCUAAUGAGACAAAAAGGGAGUGGAUCUGGAUGAGAGAGGAGGUGGGGAGGGACUUGGGGGAGUACAGGGAAAAGAAACUGUAAUCAGAAUAUAUUGAAUGGGAAAAUCUUGAGGUUUGGUCUAUUGUUAUGCUUUGUAUUGGUAAAUAAUGCCUCUGGUUGCCUCAGGGACGUGGAGAGCCUCUUAAUACAUGAAGUGAUGCAAAGUAACCUUGUCCUUUCCAAAUUAUCCCUGAUUGGUCAAUAAAGAUGCCUACAGCCUAUAGCUGGGCAGAAGAAAGGUAGGCGGGGCUUUAGUUCGCUGGGGUUGGAUUUUGAGCAGAGAUAACAAGGGGAGAGCAGGGAAGUGAAGAAGAGAGGAGAAGUCACUAUAGGAUGAAGCACACCCCUGUCUUUGCUUUUGCCUUCCCAUGAGCACUUUUGUACAUGCAUGGCCUAGUCACCCGUCUGGAGGCAGACUAGAGAAGAAGAUAAAGCUAGGGAAAAUGAGAAAGAAAAGUCACUCUUUCCUCUGGUGAACUGAGCAUAAAGAAAGUUUAUUCAUCCAAGCUGGAAUCACUGAGUCCACCCAGUGGGCUACGAUUCGUGUAUAACUAGAUUCCACUCCAGAUGCAUGCUUUGUGGAAGACUCCAGCUUUGACGUUACUGAUCUUCAUCACUAUGUUGGUGACUGAGUCAAGUUGUCCUGAUAAGAAUCAAACAAUGCAGAACAGUUCAUCACCUAUGCCAGAAGUUAACACUACAGUGUUUGUACAGAUGGGUACAAAGGCUCUGCUCUGCUGUCCUUCUAGUCCACUGACAAAGGUAGUAUUAGUAACAUGGAUAAUAACCCCCAGAGGACAGCCUCCCUGCAUAAUAUCCUACAAAGCAGAAACAAGGGAGACCCAUGAAAGCAACUGCUCGGAUAGAAGCAUCACCUGGGCCUCCACACCUGACCUCCCUCCUGACCUUCAGAUCAGUGCAGUGGCCCUCCAGCAUGAAGGGCGUUACUCAUGUGAUAUAGCACUACCUGACGGGAAUUUCCGAAACAUCUAUGACCUCCAAGUGCUGGUGCCCCCUGAAGCAAUCCACUUUCCAGGGGAAAAUAGAACUGCAGUUUGUGAGGCGAUUGCAGGCAAGCCUGCUGCGCAAAUCACUUGGACUCCAGAUGGGGAUUGUGUCACUAAGACUGAAUCACACAGCAAUGGCACCGUGACUGUCCGGAGCACGUGCAACUGGGAGCAGAGCAAUGUGUCUGUCGUGUUCUGUGUUGUCUCUCACUUGACAACUGGUAACCAGUCUCUGUCUAUAGAACUGGGUAGAGGGGGUACCAGCUCCCCACCUUCCUUGCUGACCAUUAUCUACGUGAAAAUGGCCCUUUUGGGGAUUAUUCUUCUCAUCGUAGGAUUUUCUUUCUUCCAGAAGAGAAAUUACACCAGGUAGGAACGGAAAACUAACAUAUUAAGACUCAUUAGAAAGAAAACAUUGUUAUAAGUUGGAAUUCACAGUGGACUGGGAAAAUAUGUUAUAUGCUCCUGCCAUGGGUGUUCGCUCAGUCCUUCUUCUGCAUCAAGAUUCUGUGAACAACGGAGCCCAAGCACAGGUACUCUGGCAAGUGACUCUGCCUUGCCACAGUUCUGACCUAGGAGGGACCUUACCCUGACCCCACCAUUGAGGAUUCUGUAGCAGAAAUGAAGUUGCUGAAACAUUAUAAAUGUUUGUUUACCAGUUUAUUGACUUCUGGGUGCUUCUGUUUAACCUGACUUAAUUGUAACAUAUGUAAUUUGGUUUUGUGUAUUUCUCAAACAUGAAUAUCCAGAUUUCUAGGAGCCAAUUAGUCUGAUGGCACAGUACAAGAAAACAGCUGUUUGUAAUAAACUUUCUCAUUGAAAUCC